AUGAAUGAUGUGACUCUUUGUUGUAGAUGGUACGGCUACGAGAAGGACCACAACAUCCUCGUGAUGGACCUGCUGGGUCCAUCACUCGAGGACCUCUUCAACUUCUGCUCGCGCCAGUUCACGAUCAAGACUGUGCUUAUGCUUGCAGACCAGAUGCUCGGGCGCGUGGAGUUCAUCCAUUGCAAGUGCUUCAUCCACCGGGACAUCAAGCCGGACAACUUCCUCAUGGGAAUCGGCCGCCACUGCAACAAGCUCUACAUGAUCGACUUCGGGCUCGCCAAGAAGUUCCGCGACUUGCGCACGCGCGCGCAUAUUUCGUACCGCGAGGACAAGAACUUGACCGGCACGGCGCGUUACGCAUCAAUCAACGCGCACCUCGGCAUCGAGCAAUCGCGGCGGGACGACAUGGAGUCACUCGGCUACGUACUUAUGUAUUUUAAUAGAGGAUCGCUGCCGUGGCAAGGGUUGAAGGCCAUCACGAAGAAACAGAAGUACGAGCGGAUUAGCGAGAAAAAGAUGUCUACACCUGUCGAGGUGCUGUGUAAGGGAUUCCCGGCCGAGUUUGCCAUGUAUUUAAAUUACUGCCGCGGGCUAACCUUCGACGAAGCCCCUGACUACAUGUACCUAAGACAGCUGUUCCGCAUCCUGUUCCGCACGAUGAACUACCAGUACGACUACACGUUCGACUGGACCAUCCUGCGGCAGCGCAAGCAGCACAUGGAAGCCGGCGCCGCGCCGCCCGACCGCCGCUCGCCGUCCGUCCAGCGGCGCGCCGCCCAGCAGCCGCCGCAGCCGCCGCCCAACAACGAGGUGAAGUCGGUGCACGCGACCAACGAGUCGGCGGCCAACAAGCCGGCCGUCAAAGGACACCAAUCCUGAAAGAGAUUACGACGUUCGGCAGCAAGCGGUGCUCCGGCGAAGAAGCGAGCGCGAUAGCGGCGUGUGUGUGUGUGUGUGUGUGUGCAGUGGCGGCGUAGCAUGGGUUGGCACCCGGGGCGAUCACCCCCCUCCCCCCUGUCAUAAGUCCUAAGGCACCCCCUGGUACCCCCC